GACGAGAUUUCCCACGCAGCCUGGGCUCUGCCGGGCCGGGGGCUCUGCCGGUGCCGGGUGGCGAGGGCCUUGUGCGCCGGCACCGGCUCCUCUCGAGUUUUUUGUUUGAAGUUUUUACUGAAGUACGAGUUUGAUCGCUCGGGCGGCCCACUUGGGAGAAUUUUGGAGGCGGAGGCUAGCCGAAGAUGCUCCGAGUUAGGGUUAAGGGCUUGGGAGUCAGGAAAACGUGCUUUUGAAAGUAACUUUUGAAUGUUUUCCUGUACAUCACACGUCAUGGGGCAGAGGGUAGAGUGCAGGAAAGCUCAAGGGCUAACGAAACAGAGGCGAGUGGAGAGUUUGUGGCCACCUUGGUAUGCCCAAGAUAGAGAAGGUUUUUCUUUUUUGUGACUAUCUGCUCUUACUUUAUAGGUGUUUAGUUUUAGUUUAGUUUUUUUUUUUUUCUCUCCAAGUUUUGUUUUGACCGCUGUGCGCUUGUACGUGUUCCACACGCACGCCUCGUAUCUGGGAGGUCAGAGGAGGGAGUUGAUCCCCUGGAACUGGAAUUACACAUGGUGGUGAGCAGCCACGUGGGUGCCGAAAACCCAUCCCACGUCCUCCUCAAGAGCAACAAGUGCUCUUAAACGCUGAGCCAUCUCUCCAGCCCCUAGUUUAGUUUUAUAUCACUUUACAGAACCUCAGCUUCCCUGAAUGCUAGGAUUUGGGCAGGUUUUUUUUUUUUUUUUUGUCUGUUUGUUUUUCCUUCUUGAGACAGUCUCUUGUGGCCCAGGUUGGCCUCAAACUUGUUAUGUAGGCCUAGGUGACUGUGAACUGCUGAUUUUCCUCCACCAUUCAAAUUGGGAUUACAGGUAUACCCUACUGAACCCAAUUUUUGUGAUGCUGGAUGGAAACUAGGGCUUCAGUAAUCUAGGCAAACACCCUACCAUCCCCAGCUCCUAGAUUAUUGUUAAUUGUUUAAAAACCUAAACUGUUCUAUUCCCGUUUACACCGGACUACCUCAGGUCUGAGAAUGUAGUAGGUGGUCACUAAAUGCACUAACUGAAUGAAAGACUUCUCUUGAAUUGCAGGUGGGAAAAAAGAUGCAUCAGAGCAGCCAGUUCCUGCUACUUGGCUAGCCUCUGUUCCUGGGCAUUGGGAUCAACAGAGAGAGCACAUGCCUUUCCUUUAACUUCCAUCACUCAGCCGGGCAAAGGCAGGCCGAUCGCUAUGAGGCCAGCCUGGUCUACAAAUCGAGUGCAGGACAGUCAAGGCUACACAGAGACACCCUGCCUCGAAAAAAAACAAAAACAAAAACAAAACAAAAAAACAAAAAUCCAACCAAACAAAAAAGCAACAAGUAGUACCUACAGGCCAGUUAAAUGGCUCAGUGUGACUGUUUUAUAGCCUUGUCAUAGACAUGAAAAGGCAAAAAUAAAUAAACCUUAUUGUAUCAAAGUUCCUGUCAGGCUCAUUAGGUACCUAUCACUCAUUAUGGACUUUACCAGAGGGUUGUUUGUUUGUUUUGGUUGUGUGCUUUUUUUUUAAGGACGGGCCUGGAGCUUGAUAUGUAGCCAGGCUGGCCUUGUACUGAUCGAGAUCAGCCUGCCUAGGCCUCCCAAAUGCUAGGAUUACAGGUGUAUUGCGCCACACCUUCAUUUUUGUUUUUGAAACAAGCCAUGGUUGCUCAGGCUGUGUGGUGGAUUAGGCUGGCCUCAGACUCAGAGAUCUGACUGCCUCUGCUUCUUGAGUGUGGUGAUUAAGGGCAUGUGCCCACCUCCACCAUCUGGCUUCUGUUUUUUUCUGAGACUGGGUCUCACUGUGUAUCCCAAACUAAAGUGGUCUUUUGUUUUGUUUUAUUUUUCAAGACAAGGUGUCUCUAGCCCUGGCUGUCCUGCAGUCUGCUCUGUUGGAUCAGGCUGGCCUUCAACUCAGGGAUCCACCUGCCUGUCAUCAUCCCUCCUGCCCCAGUGCUGGGAUAAAGGUGUGGGCCACCAUGCCCAAGGCAGAAAUGCCAUUUUAUUGAAGUUAUUUAACAGGAAAGCUUAAUGCUCUUUCUCCACACACACUCACUCAUUCUGAGGACCUUUUUGCCACCAAAGGAAAGAAGCUGGCAGAAUGAAACUUAGGAAGAGGAAAAUUAGACUCAAUCCUGACAGAGGUUUAUUGGGUGAAAAUUUAAGAUCCUGUAGGAGUGUCCUGCCUACGGUUUUUUUAGAAUUGCCUAGAAAAUCCCUGAAACGAUAGGAAGGAAACAGUACACUUUUAUGAAUUGUGUUAGCACCAACAUUUAUUUCAAAUACAUCCAGUUACAUAAGGUGGAGACAUGAAGGUUGUUAGCCAACCAGGAAUAAUAAUUUGUACCGGAGACUAGAGAAUAGUGUGUGUCUGCUUGUCUGUGUGUGUGAGCAAGUGCCUUAAUUUUGGGGAGGAAUAGUUGCCGCUCCAAUCACAUUAUACCCACUACCGAGCAACGUAACUGGGUACUAGUUUUAGAAUUAAUUUUAGUAGUAGAACUUUUCUAUUCUGGGGUUUGGAGGAUCUGUCCAUGUUAUCUUUUUCAGCCCUGGGUUGACUUGUAACUUGCUGUGCAAACCAAGCCGGCCCAGAACUUAUGGCAUUCUUCCUGUCCCUGCUUCCUGAGUUCUGGGAUUACGGAAGUAUACUUCUACACCUGUUUGGGGUUUUGCUGUUUUUUGAGACAGGGUUUCGGGUAGUCCAAGCUGGCCUUGAAUUCGCUACAGCCUCUCAGUCUUCCAAAUGCUACCAUCACAGGGGUGGGCCGCCUUCUCUUCUAGUUGAUGAAAAAGUUAAUAUACAUAAUUGUGCACUUUCACUUUCUCAGCCAUCUCUCCUAGAUGAUGAAUUAACACCCCCCCCCACACCGAGUAUAUAGAGACAAAAAUGAAUUAUUUUUUGUUGUUGUUGUUGUUGUUGUUUUUUUUUUUUGAGAUAAUUUCUCCCUGUAGCUCUGGCUGUUGUAUAGCAGGCUGGCCUUGAACUGCCCGCCUUUGCCUCCCUGAGCACUGGGAUUACAGGCAGGCCACCGCACCUGGCUAACGAUGAGGAUUUUGGUUUGGUGAGCAUUGCCCUGCUUUCAGCCGUUUCUUUUCCCUGAGCUGACAAGGGCCUUCUCCCCCUUCCUGAGGAUGCAAUAUAGUAUUUCUUUGAGCAUCGUCUCUACCCAAAGCUUCUGAGUUCUGGAACUAGGGUGCACGCCAAGCCAAGAGCUCUGCAUUUUAGCAUUCUGUCUCUAGUGUGUGAACAGGGCACUGUUUUUUUCUAGAGUGGUGGUUCGUGCCUGGCAUGUUAGUUAGAAUUUUGUCUGAAAAGCAGACUUAUACAAACUUGUUUUAGAACUAAAGUCUGCUCAGCAACUCCCUGAUUAUAACCCUCUCACUUGCUUCUUUCUUUUUGUUUAUUUGGGGGAUAGGGUUGAGACAAGUGCUUGUCACGUAGCAUGUCUCCAACACACACAAGCCCUCAUCCUCUCCAUCAACCUUGGGAUUGCAGACACACAAGUCCAUGCUACUGAGUCCUGCUCCUCUUUUUUUUUUUUUUUCCUCAAGGUCUUUCUCUGCAAGACCAGGCUGUUCUACAACCCAAGAUUCUUCUGCCUCUGCUCACUCAGUGCCAGGAUUAUAGUCAAUAUACCACCAACCAUCUCAGGCCAACAGCAGAGACUUUCUUGAGAUACCCAUUUGAAGUCAGUGCUGUUAAGUUUGAGGGAAAUGUUCUUUAAGAGUGUCACUCUGUAGUCAGGCUGGUCUUGAACUCCUAGAUAUCAAACUCUUAACUUUUUUUUUUCGGCCAAUGGUCCUUUUCUGUUUUGUCCAUCUGGUUUUCAUUUAUUGGUGACCACUAUGACUGCUUCAGGAGUCACUCACAUGCAGGGUCUGAGCUCGGCGUGAGGGCUGGACCAAAACUUGCCUGGCUGUGCCCAGAACGCUAAUUAGCUCGUGUGCUCCAGAGACAGGACGAUUGAAAAAGUAGGCGACACAAAGGAAGCGCGGCUUCUGACUCUUAGGACAGCGAGUCCCCUUUGUCCAGGCUGGAGUGGAUGCUGGAGCCUGCUGCCUGCCCUGUCCUCCUGGGGCUGGUUUCUGGAUGCCAGGCCUACGGGGGAGCCCUUCCUCAGGCUAAGGAGACCCUAAGUGGAACCUGUUAGCAGAGGAAGAUAGGACUUGCAGGCAGACUCAGAAAGCUCAGGGGCCAGCGGGCUGGAGCGUGGCUGUGAGGCGUGUGGGUGAGCAGGCGGGGCUGAGUGUGGCUGUGCUUGCUUCCAUGCCUGCCGGAUGAGGAGGGUGUGCACUGACUGCAGAAGGAAGGCAGUGACAAUUACGGUUUUAGAGAAAUGCAGGGGCAGUUGCUCUGGUUUUCUGAGGACUGGUGUUUCUCAAACUGCAUUUGCAGAUGUGUCUAAAAAUAGAAACACAUUGCAAACGUCCUGCAAAUCCCAUGGGUAGGACACCACUGCCAAGAGUGCCUGUUCUGAGAGCGCCGAGGCUCUCGGCCGACCUGUGAACCCAGAGACAAACCCCGUGAGGGCAGAUGGCAUGGGAACAGUCUUCCAGCCCUUGGGAGGACACUUGACUUCAUUUCACUCCAGCUUGUUUCUUUCAUUUGAAAGAAAAUUAAUAAACUUACUUAGCAAAACUUUUAAGACGUUUAUUUUAACUUUGCAGUUUCUUUUUUUUUUUUGCUAAAGGCUGUAAAGUAUGGCACACACUUUUAAAUCACAGCUAUGGAGUCAGAAGCAAGAGAGCCAUGAGUUUAAGGACAGCUAAGCUACACAGUGGGAUUGUCUCAAAAAUUUAAGGUUUACUUUAAAUUUUGUUUUAUCUUCUAUAUGUGUAUGUAUGUGCCUGGGUGCCAAGAUGCGUGUGUGGAGUUCAGAGGACAACUUUUUCAGUGAGUUGGUCCUCUUCGUUGUGAGGGUCCCGUGGGUUGAAUUUAGUCCGGAUGCUAAGCAUAUCUACCCACUGAACCAUCUCACUGGCCUUAACCUUUAUAAGAACAGCAUCUUGAGUGCUGUAUGGGAGGUACCACUGACUGACUGAGAGAUGGAGACAGGGUCUCACUGUGUAUUCCUGGCUGGCCUGUUACUCACUAUAGACUGCAUUGUCCUCAAAGUCGACAAAGCUCCUCUAUGGAUGGGCACUGUGCCCUUUGUCCUUGUUAUACUUCGCAUGGUGAGGUAGGUGUGCUCAGUUUCACAGAACAGAGACCUAAGCCUUCGGUGGGCAAGCAGCUGUGUGGGUAUAAAUGCUAAAUGUUCUAACAGGCCUGAAGAGAUAAAUGGCUCUUUAGAGGACUUGGGUUUGCUUUUUUUUUUUUAGUACCCACAUGGCAUCUAACAACUGUCUAUAACUCCAGUUCCAUGGGAUUUGAGACCUUCUGACCUCUAACUACUGAGCCAUUUCACCAGCUCAAAUUCUCCUUUUUGAGGCAGGGUCUUGACUGUGUGGCUCUGGCUUGCCUUAAACUAAAAGAGAUCUCCCUGCUUCUGCCAGCCAGCAUCACCGCCAUACCUGGCCAAAUUUCAUUUUCUUAGGGCAGGUUCACUUGUCCCUUCCUUGGUCAUUUGAGAGGGCCCCUCUGGCUGGCAGACAAGGUCAGGGGUCUGGGCCCAUGGGAUUAGGGAAGGUGACCAGCAGGCUUCACUUCCAGUCUUCUAGGAAGGCUGGAGUGAGGCCGUCCACCCGGGAGUCCCCCAACCCUUCUCAAGUCUGGUCUGUGUCACCCCCUCUCAGUGAGGCUCAGAGGGGGACCCACAGUGAGGUGGGCGUGAGGGUUGUGUGGGAAACCCUUGGAAUAUGAAGCCAGUGCACAAACCCUGCUCUAGCUACCCUUUAAGAGUGGUCCUCUGUGUAGCUAGAGCUGUCAGGUGUAGGUGUGGCAGCUGUUAAAGGAAGGGUUAAAGGAAGCUUUUAGUUUUCAUUAGGCCCUUCAAAUCCUUGACUUUGUUUUAGUGACGUCAUCUUUGACAUGAUUGGCGCAUAUUCUCGCUGCUUUGCCUUUUGUGUGUAAGGGACUAUCAAACCGCAGCCCCCAUUGUUCUGGGCUCCAGUUAAUUCCUGCCUUUUGUUGUUAUUUUGGGAUGGGGGCUCCUCUGUAUAUUCCUGGCUGUCCUGGAACUUGCUCUGUAGAUCAGACUGGCCCCAGAGACCCGCCUGUCUCUGCCUCUCUAGUGCUGGGGUUAAAGUCGGGCACCAUCACCCGGCUACUCCCUACUCUCGAGGCUCACAAGCUCAGGGUAAUCUGUCUGGAGGUGAGUGUAGAGCUUUACGUCAGGAAACAGACCCUGAGGUGAGGAGGAUUUGACUGCUUGGGUCCUCCCUUGCCCUACACCUCAGCCUGCUGCCAGCCCUCAUGGCAAUUUCUGAUUUAAUGGGGCAGAAUCUGGAGUCAGCUGGCUGGGAUUGAACCCUAGUAGCACUUCUCGUUUCUGGGUCUGCUGCUUGUCCUGUAGCUGCCCCUGCUCUCUGCACAGGGUCUCAUUUCUCUUGUUCUGGCAAACACCUUUCAGAGAUCUCAAAGCAUGGGUGCUGCACCACCCCAGCUACCCGAUGGCCGCGCUGGAAAACUGUUCUUCUGGAACCUGGGAAUAAUUAGGGAAAAGACAGUGGUCCUGCAAGGAACUGCCACUGAAGUGUCCCAGCUUGCGUCAUCCAUCCUGUUUCUUGAGGACUGGUUCCCUAGUCAGAUUCUGCAUAGCUCCCUCCUUACUCACUUUCCACCUGGCCAGUCUUUCUAGGCUCCUUUUCUGCUCAGCUCCUACCUCACCUUCCUCCAGGUGCUCAGCUCCAGGGACCUCCAAAGAAAAGACCACAUCUAAGAAUCUCAUCACUCAGACCAAAGCCCAGCAAGUGGGACAUUUCACCCCAAUGAACUGCUCACUUCAUUCAGGCAUGUCCAGCCUUUUGAUACUGUGAUACGAUAUGAAUGUUUAUGAAGUUCGUGAUGAAGAUGGGCACAAUCAAGUUACAAAAGAAAAAAUUUCAAAUGUCUUUUAAGUUUGCAAUUUUUGUUUAGCCAUUUUCAGAGUACAAGCUGAGGGCCACAGGUGAAUGCCUCUGCUAGACUAUUUCCUUUUCCAGCUGCCAAACCUGUACAUGACUAGCUGCGGCCUCGCCGAGUCCACGUCAGCAGGCUUGUUCCUCCCCUGGAAUUUAGCUCAUCUUGAAAAGUGUAGUGUUUUGGGGGUGGUGCCUGCCUUUAAUCCCAGCACUGGGGAGGCAGAGGCAAGCAGAUCUCUGUGAGUUAGAGGUCAGCCUUGUCAACCAGGCAGGACUAUGUAGUGAGACCUUGUCUCAAAAACAAAAAGAACUCUUUUCUGUAUCAAAGAGUUUCACACUUAUUAUAGAAUAUUUGGAAAGUAGAGGAAAUUCUGAAGAGUCAGCCAUAAUCCUGCUAAUUGGGGGUAAUUAACAUUUUGGCAUAUUUUCCUCCAGCUGCUUUUAUGGCUUUUAAAAUUACAUAGUUGGGGUAUUCCAGGUGAACCUCGAAGUAUGUUACUAUUAAUUGGGUAGCCUUAUAAUGAACAAUUGGUUUUGAAUUCUGCAUAUAAUUUAAUGCCCAUCUAUCUCUUCCUGCCAACUGAGGAUUAGAAGUCUGCUUAGGAAAUGUGUAGGCCUUGACUUUGUAGCUUUGUAUGGUGGAGAAAACAACAGUGAUCGAAGGCCACUCAGUCUGGGGCACACUCCCUUUGUUCUCUUCUGUGUUCUUCUGCUCAGCUCUUUGCACAGUUUGUCUGUCAUUGAUAGGCCAGUGAGCUCUCCCCACCAGCAUCCUCCCUGGCCAGACCUCUUAGGGCACUCAACAGAAGACAGGCUGUGAAAUGAAAAUGAGUAUGUGUGUCUGUCCUCCCUCCUGCCAGUUCUCUGCUCCUGACCUUUGCCUUGUUGACCUGCUUAGGGCUCAGAAGUUCCAAGUGUUUGAGGACUUGUGGGUAAUAGAAAGGUCCAGUCCAAGGUCUUUAGAAUAUGCAUGUGAUAAAGAAGAUUGUUACAUCUUGGUGAACAUUGACAAAAUUACUUCCUAGUGGAUUUACCCCCUUCUUGUAGUAGCUUUGGUUAAUACUCUCUUCUGAAAGAAAAAAAGGAUUUCAUGGGUCUGUGCUGAGUUCGCUGAUGGCUCUGUGUGUAAAGGCAUUUUGUUAUCAGGCCUGAACAUCUGAGUUCUAUUUCUUGGACCCUCAUGGUGGAAGGAGAGAACCAAUUCCCACAAGUUGACCUCUGACCUCCAUAUGAGCACUGUGGUAGAUAUGCUCCCCCCUCCCCACACAUAUACACCUGAAUAUAAAUAAACUGAAAAUAUUUGCAGCUGGGUGUGGCAACUCACCCCUGAGACCGGUCUCAGCAUUUGAGGGGUAGAGGCAGAAGAGCCAGGAGUUAGACACAGACUCAAAUAAACAAAAUAUUCUGUGGUGAUAAAGAGGUCAUGGUCAUAAGAAGGCCAAAUCGGAAGGAUUAUCCCAAAAUCAAGGCCAGUCUCUGCUACAUAGCAAAUUUCAGGCCAACCUAGGCUACAGAGUAAGACCCUGUUUCAAAAAAUAAAGGGGGUGGGGUGGGGUUCCAUGUAUUGGCUCAAACCUGAGGGCCCAGCAUUUGCCCUAGUUAGGGUUACUUCUGACGAAACACCAUGACCAAAAGCAAGUUGGGAUGGAAAGGGUUCACUUCCACAUUGUAGUCCAUCAAAGGAGGUCAGUGCAGGAACUUAAACAGGCUAGGAACCUGAAGGCAGGAGUUGAUGCAGAGGCCAUGGAGGGGUGCUGCUUACUGGCUUGCUCAGCCUGUGAGUUUUUUGAGACAGGGCUUCUAUGUGUAGCCCUGGCUGGCCUAGAACUCACAGGAGAUCCUUCUUCCAGCUCCUCGAGAGCUGGGAUUAAAGGUAUGCACCACCACCCCUAUCACUGGCUCUCAGCCUGCUUUCUUUUAAAAUCCAGCCCUGGAAUGGCCCUACCCACAAUGACCUAGGCCCAUCCCAAUUAAUCACUAAUUUAAAAAAAUGCCCUACAGCUGGAUCUCAUGGAGGCAUUUUCUCAAUUGAGGCCCCCUUUCGGAUAAUUUUAGCUUGUGUCAAGUUGACUUAAAACUACCAAGCACGCAGGGGAUUUUGAGAGUUCAAGUCACAUGCUCCGUCCCCCCCCCCCAAUAAUCAGAAGUAGUGGGACAAAAACUGAAGCUGAGGAAAAUAUUUUGAUCUUUAUUAUUUUAAAAUAACCAUAGUGAUAGAUAAAACCACUGUAAGAUAACAUAAAAAAACAUUUCGCAGUGUAGCUAUGUAUAUGUAAUAUACAUAGUAGCUUAGGAGGGUCUCAAAGUCACUGUGGGUAGGUGACCCGCCUCUCCAUCCUGCUUCCAUUGAUUUUUGUGCUGGGAUUAGAGGCAUGUACCACCAUGCAUGGCUUCAGAGAACUGUGUGUGUUGUGUGUCUGUCAAGGUCUCAUAUCCCAGGCUGCCUUUCUUUUUUUUAUAUAUAUAUAUUUAUUUAUAUGUAUCCAGUGUUCGGCCUACAUGCCAGAAGAGGGCACCAGAUCUCAUUACAGAUGGUUGUGAGCCACCGUGUGGUUGCUGGGAAUUGAACUCAGGACUUAAGGAAAAGCAGCCAGUGCUCUUAACCUCUGCUCUGGGCCAUUUCGUCAGCCCCCGCCUCCACCCCCCCCCCUUGCUGCCUUUGAAUUGGCUAUGCAGCUGAAGAUGGCCGUGGAUUUCUGGCCCUCCUGCAUCUCAUAUCCUGCAUGUUGGGACUUCAGGCAUGAGUCACCAUGCCUUGUCGCCGUGCCAGAUUUAUGUGGUGCUGGGCUUCCUACCCAGGACGUGGAGCCGCUCGGCCAGCAGGGUGCUCACUGACCCACAUCCCCAGGCCUCACUGCUUCUCUGGACACAGGUUGUUUUGUUUUGUUUUGUCUAGCUGCUCCAUUGGGAAAAAGCUGGUGUGUGUGUGUGUCUGUGUGUGUUCUAAAAUUGAAGGUUGGCUGAGGAACAAGGUUCUGAAAAGGAGUGCGGUGUGAGCCGCUGGCUCCUCUGUAACCUACAGUUUUGCAAUUGGAAAGAAUGUCUGUGGCAUGCUAGGCAUCCGCGUCUUUGGGUCCACCCACAAACAGCAUGUGACCCUCCUCCAAGCAGAUGACCAGGAAGUGGAGGUAGCAGUGUGAUACACAUCUCCUUUCUCCUAGCCUGGGGAUGCAGGGAGUGAUCUGUCCCACCUCUUCUGGGAAGCUCCCUGCACUGUGGGGCUAGCGAGAUGUCUUUCCAAGCAAAUAUCUGCCCCGCUUUUCAGGUAGCUUUCUUACAGCAAAAGGAGAUUUGGGUUCCUCAGUUGCUGCUGGACCAAGACCUGAGCCUGGUUUGUGUUCCUCAAAAGCGCUUUCUAGAGCACAGUUGGUGAUUCUGUUUUCUGCCCGCCUGGGUAGGAGGUGCGCACUGACUUACUGUCAAGCCUGGUUCUGCCGCUCCUUCGCCGGGAUGCUGAGCAAGCUCCCCUCCCCGAGAUUCCAUAUGAUAGGUUUGGGAUUAAAGCUGCCCUGGGCUAAGGCGGUGCUGGUGUGUAGAGCACCCAGGACGUCAUCUAUCUCCCCAUCGUGAAGCAGAGGUAGCUUUGGGUGAUUGUUCAGCUUUUCACUGCGUUCCUCCUGCACUGGCCUUGUCUUGGCUUCAUAGUGCAUUCUAAAGCAGAAGCACUCUAGGUGUCCCGAAUGUCCAGGAAGCCGGGCAGGCCGCUCUCCUCUAGCUAAGGCCUUCUUGGGUCCUUCCAGUCUCUCCUGCCUACAGGUGCCUCACAUGUUGCACCUCCUCUGUCAGUUUCUGGGCCUCACAAUUAGGUGCUAAAUUUUCUGGUGUGGUCUCACGUGGUUCAGAACAUCUGGCUCAGCAAGUCUCAUUCCAACAGAUUCCAUGAGCAGAUGGGGUGCUGUGCAUCUGCCUCUCAGCUCCACAGUGCUCCCUGUCCCUGUGUGACUAGUACAUAGUAGGGAGGCAGGUGUGAUGGUGAAUGAGUUCCUCUCUUCCUCAUCCUGUUGUUUAUCCCUUAAUGGUUUUUCAUGUAGCCAGAGUCUUUGCAGGGCAUUUGCAUCACCACUUCUUACCCCUCAAACCAUCUGCUGUCUCCUUCCGUUCCUCCUUUUUCUCCCAAGAACAUAAUGUGUAACCAGGCAUGGCAGGUGGUGCUUGCCCGUAAGUCAUCUCAGCUGUGGAGAAUAGGCAGGAUAGGCCCAAGGUCAAGCUGGGCCGCCUAAAGGUCAAGGUCAGAGCUUGGGCUGCAGAGCAAGAUCCUGUCCCAAAGAGCGUGAUUUGUAGAAGGUACCUGUUUCUGACAGCUGUCAUUCAUUUCUCCUUAUCUCUUUGGCUCACCUUUGUCCUGGAGGGAAUAGGGUAUGUGAUUGUGUGACAGUGUUUCCAAGGGCAGUGGACAGGCUUGGGCAGGCACUCCAGUGAUCUGAAGUGUGUUUUCUAAUUGAGCCCCGGGUCUGGGAGUGGGAUCUGAGCUCCUUGCCGGCAUUGUUAAGCUUUCUGACUGCUGAGGGACUUCCAGCAAGGUUUACUUGUUGAGGUAGAUGGAAGUUGGCAGUAAAACUUAUCUCUGGUAAAAAUAGCGUGUGUACCCUUGAAAUUGAUGUUUUGUUUUCUGUCAGUAUCACUUUAUAUUGUUCAAGUAUGAGAUAGCUUGGUGAGUGGGGAUUAUUUUUUUUUUAACUUUUUAUGAUUCUUUGUGGUUUCCACAUCAUGCACCCCAGUCCUGCUUAUCUCCCCCCCAAAAUAAAACACAAACACACACACACACACAGAAAAACAGUGUGGAAGCUAUGGUAUGUCACAGUGCGCCCCACGGUAUGUCCCUCUGUCCAUACAUCUUUACUGGCAAAUGCUGGUUGCAGUGAGUCAUUGGUGUGGUUCAAGGUCUCUGGCUCCUGUCACACCAUCUAUAUUGGAUUCUACUGGGACUCGUCCCGCUUAUCUGUUGUUGCCCUGUGUCGUGGAGAUCCUACAGCUUUGGGUCAGCAGGACUGGCCCUCUCACCAAUCCCAACUGUUCCAGGUGAUACCGAUUUUGGGAUGGGCCAACUCAGAUCUGGGCGCAGGCUCUUACUCAUCCUCACCACCAGGGUGAGCUCUCCAGCACUGCUCCGGCUAGGUCACCCAAUGCCUCCGUUGGCAGGAGGCAGGGUCAGCUCUCCUGUCAUGCCCUUGGGCCCUGCUUACCCUACCCGUAUCUCCAGGGCCAGAUCCCUGCACACACCUUUGCAGCACUCGCUCUCCUACCCUCUGGCCCUCGCCAAUGGAGGGGCCAGCUCUCCCGGCUUGUUGCAGGUGGUGAGGGAAAGAUGGGGACAUCACCCCCACAAGUGGGAAUCAUUUUUAAAUUCAAAUAAACUUUGCUUUAGUCCUCUGCAGUGGUAAUGCAGGGAUGAAAGACUGACUCCUGGACUGACUCCUGAUCCUAGCAAAGCUUUGACUCCCUAGAAAAUUGCUUUUGUGCCUGUGUUCCUAUCGUUAGGUUGGCUGGUGUUUUGUUUUAUUUUGAGACAGGGUUUCUCUCUGUAGCUCUGGCUGUCCUUAUGUGUAGACCAGGCUGGCCCAGCUGCACAGUCACGGAGAUCUACCUGCUCUCACCAGAGUAGGGAUCAUAAUACAGGCUUGCACAAUCGUGCCCAGCCUGGUAACCAAUUUUGAAGUUAUUAUUGUGUGACUAGAUCACCUCGAGAUUGUCUCUCUUGUCCUCUGCUUUCCACUUACCCCUCUGAAGCAGGAUCAUAUGUCAAACAAAAAUGUAUUUGUAGUUACCUGAUUCAGCUGAAGGAACCAGCAGUCCCCAGCACCAACAGUAAAGGAUACGUGGAAUAGAAGAUGAACCCAACUGAAUUCAGUGAAGAUGUAGAAGAAGUUCUAAAAAAUAACACUGUGAAGGUAGAGGGCGACGAUGCCGCUGCGCUGGACUGCUCCCGGAACUCCAGGGCCCCUGAGAAGCACCCUCUGGACGGCGUCCUCACCGCCCUCCAGGAUCCCAGCAAGCGGAAGCAGCUGGGCAGCGACGGCCAGCCAGACCCUGUCCCCAGUGUGAAGAGGAGGCGGUUGAUACCCGAGGCACUCCUGGCAGGCAUGCGCAACCGUGAGAACAGCUCCCCCUGCCAGGGCAAUGGCGAGCCUGCCAGCAGGGGCAGGAGUGGGAGCUGUGUGUGGCCUGCUGAAGAGGAGCCUUCCAAUGAGACCACCACACCUUCCUACAAGAAGCCUCUGUACGGCAUCUCCCACAAGAUCAUGGAGAAGAAGAACACGCCCUCGGGAGACCUGCUCAGCCCCUACGAGCUCUUUGAGAAGGCGAACUCCAGCAACAGCCCCUCUCCUCUGCGCCUGCUGAAUGAGUCUCAGAAGCGGGACUGUGGUGCGGGGGUCGCCGCCGACGGGGACCCCAAUAUCUACUUCCUGAUCCAGAAGAUGUUCUACAUGCUCAACACGCUCACGUCUAACAUGUCCCAGCUUCACAGCAAGGUGGACCUGCUCUCCCUCGAGGUGAGCCGCAUCAAGAAGCAGGUGAGCCCUUCCGAGCUGGUGGCCAAGUUCCAGCCUCCCCCGGAGUACCAGCUCACGUCUGCCGAGCUGAAGCAGAUCGUGGAGCAGAGCCUGUCCUGCGGGGACCUGGCCUGCCGCCUGCUGGUGCAGCUCUUCCCAGAGCUCUUCAGCGACGUGGACUUCUCCCACGGCUGCAGUGCCUGUGGCUUCGCCGCCAAGCGGAAGCUGGAGUCGCUGCACCUCCAGCUGAUCCGCAGCUACGUGGAGGUCUACUACCCCGCUGUGAAGGACACAGCUGUGUGGCAGGCCGAGUGCUUGCCACAGCUGAACGACUUCUUCAGCCGCUUCUGGGCCCAGCGGGAAAUGGAAGACGCCCAGCCGGGCGGCCAGGUCACCAACUUCUUUGAAGCAGACCAAGUGGAUGCCGGCCACUUCCUGGACGGCAAGGACCAAGAGGAAGCUCUGUCCGUGGACCGCAGCAGCACCAUCGCCUCGGACCAUGUGGUGGACACACAGGACCUCACUGAGUUCCUAGACGAGGCCUCCUCUCCGGGGGAGUUUGCGGUGUUCCUCCUGCACCGGCUCUUCCCGGAGCUGUUCGACCACCGCAAGCUGGGCGAGCAGUACAGCUGCUAUGGCGAUGGCGGCAAGCAGGAGCUGGAUCCCCAGAGGCUGCAGAUCAUCCGCAACUACACGGAGAUCUACUUUCCGGAUAUGCAGGAGGAGGAGGCGUGGCUGCAGCAGUGUGCCCAGCGGAUCAACGACGAGCUAGAGGGCCUGGGGCUGGAGGGGGGCAGUGAGGGCGAGGCCCCACGGGACGACUGCUACGACUCCUCCAGCCUGCCAGACGACAUCUCGGUGGUCAAGAUAGAGGACAGCUUCGAAGGCGAGCGGCCUGGCCGGCGCUCCAAGAAGAUCUGGCUGGUGCCCAUUGACUUCGACAAACUGGAGAUCCCACAGCCUGACUUCGAGGUGCCAGGCUCAGACUGCCUGCUGAGCAAGGAGCAGCUGCGCAGCAUCUACGAGAGCAGCCUGUCCAUUGGCAACUUUGCCUCCCGCCUGCUGGUGCACCUGUUCCCGGAGCUCUUCACCCACGAGAACCUGCGCAAGCAGUACAACUGCAGCGGCUCGCUGGGCAAGAAGCAGCUGGACCCCGCCCGCAUCAGGCUGAUCCGCCACUACGUGCAGCUGCUCUACCCGCGAGCCAAGAACGACCGCGUCUGGACUCUGGAGUUCGUGGGCAAGCUGGACGAGCGCUGUCGGCGCAGGGACACGGAGCAGCGGCGCUCCUACCAGCAGCAGCGCAAGGUGCAUGUGCCUGGCCCCGAGUGCCGGGACCUAGCCAGUUAUGCAAUCAACCCCGAGAGGUUCCGAGAGGAGUUUGAGGGGCCCCCGCUGCCUCCUGAAAGGAGCAGCAAAGACUUUUGCAAAAUACCCUUGGACGAGCUGGUGAUCCCCUCGCCCGACUUUCCGGUGCCUUCCCCCUACCUGCUGUCAGACAAGGAGGUCCGUGAGAUCGUGCAGCAGAGCCUGUCGGUGGGCAACUUCGCCGCCCGGCUCCUGGUCAGGCUCUUCCCCGAACUCUUCACGGCCGAGAACCUUCGACUGCAGUACAACCACUCCGGGGCUUGCAACAAGAAGCAGCUGGACCCCACGAGGCUGAGGCUCAUCCGCCACUACGUGGAAGCUGUCUACCCCGUGGAGAAGAUGGAGGAGGUGUGGCACUAUGAAUGUAUACCUAGCAUCGACGAGCGGUGUCGCCGCCCCAACAGGAAAAAGUGCGACAUCCUCAAGAAAGCCAAGAAAGUGGAGAAGUGACAGGGCCAGAGCUGCCCAGGAACUUGGGUCACCGCAGGCUGCGCAGUGGGUGUCCUUGGGACUGAGCUUUCUCUCCGGGCUCUUGUAUGGUAUCCACAGACAGGCACCUUAUGUCAGUGGGGAGUGGUUUCCUACAUUUGCACACGUAAACACCUACCCAGCCACAAGAAAGAAGCCUUGAAUUCGGUCUCUUGUAUUCAUGCCUUUGUUCUGUGUUCCCUGGUGGCACAGCCAGAGUUUGGGGUAGCCAAGCUGUGAAAUCAGAGAAUCGGUAGGGUAGGGUCCCUUCUCAGGGCUGGGGCGCCUUCCCUAAUUCUUACAGUUCAAAACACAAAUUUAGAAUAGAUGUGGCCCACAGCUCCAGGCAGAGGUCGGUGGACCUCUGUGAGCUUGAGGCCAGUCUAGUCUACGUAGUCUAUUCCAGGGCUGCAUCAUGAGAUGUCUCAAAAACGACAAAAUGCAAGCCGAGCAACUUCUCUCCCCAUGUUUUACAUCUUCCAUUUUUAUCUUUUCUUUUUCUUUUUUUUUUUUUUUUAAUUAAAUGAAACCAUUUUAAAGAAGAUCAUUGGGCUCUUUGGGAGCCAUUUUAUUUAGGGAAAAAAAAACUUUUAAAUAUUUGAGAUGAGAUGCUCUAAGAUUACUUCAGUUGCCAGGAUUUUUAAAGAGGAUUUUAGAUUUAUGCUUUUUUUUUUUUUUUCUUUUUUUAAGAAAUGCCAUGUUCAGGCGUUCUGGAUAACCGGCUUCAGGUGGCCUAGUGACUGGUUUACUAAUCCUGUGUUUGGCAUCUGAUCUUGGAAGCGUCCAGAGGCCUCUUGGAUUCAGCAGACAGGACGGAUAGAACUAGUGUGUGGCCCUUCUGCUCGAUGUGAGUUUCCUUUCUGCUGUGGUCCCCAGGAAGGUUACCUGUGGCUCAGCCUGCCUGCCACUGCGAUGUGGUGCUCACUGUGUAGACGAGAACACUGGAAGAUGCUAUGAAUGUAGAUAGAGGUGGAGGCACAGUUCUUACGGUCUCCGUGCGAGCUGUGUCCUUCCGUAGCCCUGUCCCUUCUCCACACAUCGCUGCUGGCUUGGAGGGACAGACACAUUGGAACGCAAUGUGUAGGGACAUUUUUGUGUGAUUUAUGGGUGGGCUUCUCUUGGGUUCACCAAGAACUGUUUACUUUCCCCGUAUUUGUACAAAGCCCAUGUCCCCAGACCUCAGUGUUAGCUCCUCCCACGAACAGCAUGGCCUUGAACCUCCAAAGCCCAGGCUCUUUCGCAGGUGUUGGAAGGACCCAAACCAUCUUAAAUGAAGCGCCCGUGCCCCUUCCCAGCCCCUCAGACCUUUUUCCCUCAAAUCUUCCAGGAAGUUCUGCCUCCCUCCCCUGGCCCAUCCCUGGCAUGGAGGUACACACCUCUAUGUGCCCCUCCCCCACUAGGGCCAGAUGCCUAAGAAGGAAAAGAAACAUCGUUUCUCAAACUGAAUCCAUCUCAUCAUUGACCUAAAGAUUGAAUUGUCCAGGGUAGUCAUAAAGCCCUAUUAGGGGACAUUUACAGAUGGUGAUAACUUAAUGGCUUAAUAUUUUGCUACCUUAAUAUGCAGAAAUGAUAGAAAUAAUCUAUGAAUUUUCUCAUACCGAUAAGAACUUUAGUUCUAGAAGACAAUAUGAUGUAAUUUUGCAUGUACCCAGUGGCCAUUUAAAAAAAAAAUUUCUGAAUACUAUGAAGCUUCUAUUCAUUGACAUUUUCAUAUUAUUUAUGCUGUAACUUUAAGCCUAAAUUAUUGACAUUGGGAAGUGCCCAGUGUGGCCUUCUGUCAAUGUCCACACCCGUAUCUCCUUACUAAAAAGUGAGAUGAGGACUCCGCAGACAGCAAGGCAGCCUUGUGCCCAGAAAGUACGGGCAGCCAGAAGAAUCUCCUUUCCCCUCACUCGGGUCUCUCUCUAAUGCCUUAGUCACACACACACUACCCCAAAGAUGGCUGUGGUGCCCUCUCUCACUGCUUCCACUAGAGAAUUCCACAGGCUUUGUUCUGAAACCGAGAGGAUUCCAAGCCAUGUGAAAACUGUCCUGCUUUCUGGAGAGUGGAAUGUGGCCCUGCACCAUCAGAAGCACAAUCGGUUACUAAGUUUUUAGAAGCCCUGUCUACUCACAUCAGAGAAAUGGCGGCUUCUAGGAAUUAGAGCGUGACUUUUUGUAAAACAGAGCGUGUUGGAUUCUGGGAAACUGUAUUUUGGUUUCCUGAACACUUUAACUAUGUAGGGCUUCUUCCCUGCCCCCCCUCCCCUCAAGCCCCAAAUCCCAUUGUCCCUUUCAGUGAAAAAAGGUGGACACUCGGGGAGCUGUUUCCUGGCCCCGCUGGACUGUAUGGUGUCCUCACUUUCCCAUCCAUACAGGGCGGUUCCAGUGGGCUUUUUUUUUUUUUUUCAUGAAGCAAUAUAAAUAUAAAAUACUUAUUUUUUCAGAAUUUAAUAGGUCUCAUGAAAUCUGUUGGCAAUUGCUUUCCUUGUUCCCCAUCUAAAUUCCUUUGUUUGUGUUUUGGAUUAUUUUUGCCUUUUAUCCAGAGGACUAAAGAUUAGCACAGACAUUCUGAUGUUAAGUAAAAUAGUAUGUCACAGUAGGUGGUGUAAUGGUCUUGGUUUUCUCUGUUAGCAAGUUGUAAAAGAAUGUAUGAAGAUAGUCUUGAAUGUACAGUGUUGAAUCCUGCUUCAGUUCAUGUGGCCAUGUCUGUUUGAUGACAAAUGUUUGUCAGGGAAUAAGUGUCUAUUGUCAUUAGCGCUCAGUGCCCUCCCCCUUCAGUGUUGAGCCCCAAACCUUCCUUUCUAUUUAAGUGAGGGGGUGAGGGGUUCAUAUCAGCAGCAAUCAUCAACCAACCAACGGGAUCUACUUAGUGGUGACUGGAUUUGGCCUGAUCACACCACAGUGUGGCCACUUGGGUUCUUGUAGAGAUUGCCUCAGUUUCUACCAUUCCCCUAGCGAUUGCCUCUUUCCUGAUCCAGAGGGACCUGGAGACUCCUGGUUGCAGGUCACUGGGUCAUUCUGAGGUGGGGGUGAGAGCCCAGGGGCUGCUACUGCUGUGGGAAGUCCUUGCCUCUGGUAGAUCCAGCCUUAAUGUCUGACAUCCCAGGAAGAGCAGACCCUGCACAAGUGGAUAUCAGUUACUACUGUGAGGAGUAAUAACAAGAACAGUUUAACCAAAGAGAAUGAGAGACCACAUCAUGUCUGCCUGUUACACUGAUUUGAGUGCGCCCUUAGAAAACUGAAUGUAACACAAACCCAGGACAUUUUUGGAAAUUGUAUGCUCUCUAGCAACUUUGUGUGAAUUUUUAUACAAGCACUGUUUUAUUAAUUAUAUAAAAUAGAAAAAACUCUGGUCU